ACCAUGGCAGGAAUGGGGGCAUUUGUUGCCCAAUACGAUAACAACCGUGGGGGUCCGGAACAGGGACCCGGACCUCCUGGUUUCGGAUCAAACUUGUUCUUCAAAGGUCAUCAAACUCUAAAAGAGCAGCUGCAAAGCAUGAAAGAUAAGGAGAUGCUUGAAGCAAUGAGGAAGAUUGUAGAGAUGGUAGCUAAAGGUCAGGAUGUUUCCGACCUGUUUCCUGACGUGGUCAAGGCGGUGGUCUCCAAGUCCACUGAGGUUAAGAAACUGGUCUACAUGUACCUGGUGAGAUAUGCUGAGGAGCAACAAGACCUGGCACUUUUGUCCAUCAGUACCUUCCAGAAGGGACUAAAAGACCCUAAUCAACUGAUUAGAGCUAGCGCACUUCGUGUUUUGAGUAGUAUUAGGGUCCAGAUGAUCGUGCCUAUCAUGAUGCUCGCCAUUAAAGAUUCUGUGUCCGAUCUAUCCCCAUAUGUUAGGAAGACAGCAGCUCACGCCAUCCCCAAACUGUUUAGUUUGGAUCCUGACCAAGGAGAACAACUGGUAGAUGUGGUGGAGAAACUUCUGCAGGAUAAGACCACUUUGGUAGCUGGAAGUGCUGUCAUGGCUUUUGAGCAACUGUGUCCCAGUAGGAUUGACCUUAUCCACAAGAACUACCGAAGGUUAUGUGCUAUUGUAGCAGAUAUUGAUGAGUGGGGCCAGUGUGCUGUUAUCAACAUGUUGACCAGGUAUGCUAGAACCCAGUUCCUUGAUCCUAACAAAAAGGCUGCAGAAAAAGAUUCUGAUGAAGAGAGUUCUGAAGACUCGGAAGACAGCGAGGAUGAUUUCAUGAACAGUAUGUCAACAGGUACUUCUAUUGAUGUAGUAGAUCCUGAUUUAAGAUUACUGCUACAAGCGUGCAGACCACUUCUUCAGAGUAGAAACUCUGCUGUUGUCAUGCAAGUUGCCCAGUUGUUUUACCAUUGUGCUCCGGAGAACGAAAUAGUCCAUGUUGUUAAGGCUCUUAUCAGACUCCUGAAGUCAAAGAGAGAAACUCAAGUCAUUGUCCUGACUAACAUUACCACCAUGUCCGCUAAGUAUAGGAAGCUGUUUGAGCAGCACAUGAAGUCCUUCUUUGUAAAUGCGUCUGACCCGACUAAUGUCAGACUUCUGAAACUUGAGAUUUUGACUAAUAUUGCCACGGAAACAAAUAUAAGUGUCCUCUUGAGGGAGUUCCAGACCUACGUUUAUAGUUCCGAUAAGGAGUUUGCUGCUGCAACUGUCCAUGCUAUUGGGAGAUGUGCUGCCGAGAUAUCUGAGGUUACCGACGUUUGUAUGCAUGGCCUAAUGAACCUAAUCAGCACUAAAGAUGAUACUGUGGUCGGGGAAAGUGUUAUUGUGAUAAAGAAACUACUGCAAAUGCAAGCUUCUGAUAAGUCUAGCAUCAUCAAGCGAAUGACACGACUUUUGACAACUGUGACUGUUCCUUUGGCUAGAGCUUCAAUCCUUUGGCUGGUAGGUGAAUAUGUUGAAAAAGUCCCUAAAUUGGCUCCAGAUGUGUUGAGGAAAAUGGCAAAGUCGUUUGCAGAGGAAGAGGAUAUUGUCAAGCUUCAAAUUCUAAACUUAGCGGCGAAAGCUUGGAUUGUGAACAACAAAAAGAUAACUCUCUUGGUACCCUACAUCUUAGCUCAGGCCAAAUAUGAUAUGAACUAUGACAUUCGUGACAGAGAGAGGUUCAUUAGAAAAGUUCUGUGUCCAAACGCUGAGAACCCAAGUCCUCUGGAGAAGUACGCAAAGAAGUUCUUCAUGACAAGCAAGCCUCCUCCAAAUCUGAGAUCCACCUUUAAAAACCGGGAUGAGUAUCAACUGGGUAGUUUGUCUCAUAUGCUUAACACUAAUGCUAUUGGUUACCAAUCUCUGCCUACCUUCCCUGAGGAUGCACCUGACGCCACCCUUCGAAAUGUUAUCGAUACUUCAUGGGCUGCUCAACAAAAAGAAUCAAGAUCCAGUUCAGCGUCAGGAACCAACCAUAAAACUAAAGGGUUCUACUCCUCUGAGGGAGACUCUGACGAAGAUGAUUCUGAUGAGGAAGACUCUGACUCUGAAGAGGAAAGUGAUUCUGAGGAGGAGAGUGACGAGGAGAGCGAUGUUGAAUCGGAGGACGAGUCGUCUGAAGAAGAAAGUGAGGAAGAAGAGUCCGACGACGAUGAUGAUGAUUCAAGCGAGGAAGAAUCAAGUAGUGACGAAGAAGUUGUUAAGAAAGCACCGCCUAAAGCAAAGACUUCAAAGAAAUCUAAACCAUCAGAGACUGGCACACUUCUUGAUUUUGAUUUUGAUGCACCAUCUGAAACUCCAACUGACACAGUACCGUCAGUUCCUACACCAAGUGUCACUUUGGACGAACUACUUGGAGACUUCGGUGGGAUGAGUGUUGAUCAGGCUUCCUCCGGUGCAAAUUACACUCUGGACAGCGUGCGGACAACCCAUGAGCUGCUUCAUAGAAUGUCAGGAGGAGGAUUAGCUGUAGACUACAGCUUCCCUAGAUCUGCUGCUUCCUCUGGAGCAGUACCCAUUUCUCUUAUCUUCAACAACACCACGGAUCAACAGAUAACUGAUGUUAAGGUCGACGAUAUUGAUUUGAAGGGUGGCAUAGAAUUUACUGGGUUUGAUACUAUUCCACUCAUUUCUCCUGGCCAAUCCAGUCAAAUUGGAAUCAACAUUAACUUCAACGAUACUCUUCAACCAGCUAAUUUUACUCUGUGCUGCAGCAAAGGACGGUUCCCGUGUAAGAUCCAACCCCCAGUCGGAGAGAUGCUGUCCCCCUUCGUGGUGAUUGAAUCAGACUUUGACGACAUGAAAGGUAAACUCAAAGGAAUGCACGAAGUAACUGGAGAGUGCCCUAAUCCUGGUAAAGAUUUCGGCACAAUAAGUCAGCUAGUUUCUGAAACUGCUGCCACCUCGAUCUGCUUCUCAGCAGAGGCUGAUUGUCUGAAGUUUGCUUCUAAAACUGUUGCCCAGGAGAAGACUUUGUUGAUGACUUUGAAUGUUGGUGAUGUUGUUAAAAUAACGGUUAAUAGUGAAGCUGUUGUAUUAGGAUCUAUGAUUUUGAAGGAUAUUAUCAAAGCGAUUGAGUCUUGAUUCUACUAAAAUUAUGAUAUUAUAGAAUUUUAGUUUAUCUACCUACUUAAAAUGUAAAACGGUAAAUCUGAGCAUAGUUUAUCACUUUAUCCUU